CAGACGUCUGCCACAUACCGGCUUGUGUGGAAAAGUCUCUCGUCAUCCCCCUUUUUUCCCUCUAGCAGCACGCUGUGUCUAUUUUUUCGCGAAAAGAAAAUGUGAAGAAAAUCUUUGUGAUUUGGUGUUGCACAGCAUGAUGCUUGUGGUGGUGUGAAAGCUCAACGAAAGUCCUUUUUUAGCACAACUAUUUGUUAUAGGAGUAUACGAAAUUCGUGGUAUCCCCCUGUGAGGUGGGGGCAAUUAUUCAAUAUAGUGCCCUCCUUUUGUCACGAUAGACAAUGGAUGUUGUGGAUAUUUUGCUAUUUUGCUUCAUAUCAUGCGUCAUUGGUGCCGUCCUGAUGCUCCUGGGGCAGUACUAUGUCUUUGUGAGAUUCAUUGAGACACCCAAUGAGACUGAAGAAUCCACAUCCAUCACGCAAAAAUUUGAGCUUCCAGACAGUGUCCUUUCGAGUAUUAAAUCAUCAGAGUCUGAGAGUAAAAAUCCAAUAGUGGCCAUUAAUUUAGUGCUACAGUUUCUCUUCUACGAGCUACGACACUCAAAUCGCGUGCGAAAAUGGUUCUAUCGGAAGUUAUCUCUGGAACUCGACGAGUUGCUCACAAAAUCCACCACAGGACGGCUCUUCGAUAAGCUCACAAUUAGGGAACUUGAGCUCGGCGGACAGUUUCCCGACAUUAAGAGCCUCCGCGUGAAUAAUGUUGAGCUCCACGAUGCUGAGGGGUACAUUGAGAAUCUCGAUGUGAUGCUGGAUCUAUCCUAUCGCGGGAACUUCAGACUCUCCAUUGAUGCGGACAUGGUGCUGGGCAAAAAGGGAUUCCUAUCUGUUCGUGUUAAGCACAUAGCGGGGCUGGCACGGCUACAAUUCACAAGGAAACCCUACACCCAUUGGUCCCUAAGCUUUGUGGGUGAUCCACAAGUUGAUUUGGGAAUUGAAUCCCAAUUCCAGGGUAGGCAGAUGCAAUCAAAUGUAACGAGUUUCAUCUCAAAUCAAAUUAGAAAAGCAAUUCGCUCAAAACACACACUUCCCAGCUACAAAUUGAGGUACAAACCAUUUUUCCAGAAGAUCGACGAUGAUCUCGACGCAUCAGACACUAUUCCAGAAGGCACCCUUACGGUGAAUAUAUGCGAAGUAUCCCGCUUGAAUGUUCCCACGCAGAUCACAUCGAUUUUCUGCUCUCUAACUCUGGCUUCUAUGCCCUGGGCGGAGGCUAGGCAGCAAGAUGAACGCACCAUAAUUCUAUCUCUCGAUGUUGAAAUUCACAAAGCAAAGAAUCAACAAAUUGGCAUAUCGUUCAAGCAAAUCGAAAAUGCUGUAAUGAUCGAUGCCAUAAUCCCCAAUACCCCAGCAGCGAAGGCUAAUCUGAAGAAGAGGGACAUCCUCAUUUCGAUUGAGGGGAAGAAAGUCAAUCAUCUCACGCAUGUUUCGAAGAUCCUCAAAGGGAUCAAUCGACCGAUGUUUCUGCUGAGAAUUCAACGAAGUGCCCAGGGGGUGAUUAAGAAUGAUGCAGUGCAGGAGGAAUUUGAGAUAAUUGAGAGCAUUGACGAUGGCAACAUCAGCUUCAGCAAAGCCAGUGAUUCCGUGCAAAUUGGCACGAAGAUCACGCGAAUGAAUUCCCUGGAGCGCAAUUCGAGUGACUCAAGCGUUUCCAAUACACCAACGAAUACCCCAAGGAAGAGUGGCUCAUCGGGUAAUCCACUUCUUCGAUCCAAAUCUCGCAGCGUCAGUGUGGAGAAUGAGCCGAAAUCACCGUCAAAAAUUCCAAAUCCCGAAAUAUUUCAGCAGCAAACAACCACUGAAUGCCCCUUUAAUUCAUUCAUGCGAAUGGAGCAAGUUUGCACAUUUAAUUUGAAAGAAAAUUUAGUCUAUUUGAAUUUAAAUGUCUUCGGACAGACCAAGGAUGAGACGAUUUUUCUUGGCUAUCACAAUAUCUUUGUCCCCAGUAUUCUCAGUGAAUGCAAUGAAUCAACAAUGGGGCACUAUCUCAAAAGAUUCAACCUCACAGCACCAGAAGCUCCCAAUUUGGUAACGCAUCCCCUAUCUUCUCAAUCUGGCUUUGAAUCUCGCCUCUGCUAUGGGGAUGUUCUCAUUUCCUUUGCUUGGAGUGAUUUUAGUGCAUCGCCCGCGAGCACGUCGCAACCAACUGAUGCUAAAAGAGGAAAAUACAGCGGAAGUCGAACAGGAUCAACUGAUAAAUUGGAGGAGGAUCGUAGUGAGAGUCAGAAGCAGCACAAUUUUAUUCGGACUCACUUCAAUCGAGCCACACAGUGUGAUUUUUGCGGGAAAAAGAUUUGGCUAAAGGAUGCUGCGCAGUGCAAGGAAUGCUCCAUGUGUUGCCACAAGAAAUGCAUAACAAAGUGUCAAAAUUCUACCGUCUGUGGCCCAGUAGAUGCCCAGGUGCCAAUAUCUUCGCCACAGCAGACUGUUCAGCCUGAAUUUCGGGUUACCCAACCAUGUGAAGAAGUUAAUGAAGGAGACGAUCCUGAAGAGAUAAAUAGACUGAAAUCCGAUGGACAUCGACAGAGCUUUAGCGAUCUCCUGACCCAGGGCCUUAAACGCGUCAAUUCCGCCAACAACCUUGCCAUCCCGGCAAUUGUAUCCUCCCUUGGGCAGGGCAGUCGAAGUCUCCCGCCUAGUCCGCAGUACACGCCACGGAAGCAGAGUCUCGUCCAGGCUACAAAUCCACUCGCACAGGCAAUUCACAGACUCGAAGCUGCUAGCCUAACUGAUAUCCCUGGAAAGCAAAUGUCGGAGAAAAUUGACGGCAUCGUUGAACCAUUCAGUGGAACACCUCUGGAUGAGAUUAUGACCCUGGCUAAGACAAGUAGUCUCCAACUCUACACGGAACUGGAGCCAGCGAAGCGUGUGGACAAAAUUAAUGAAGUACUGGCAAAGCUGCGCCUAGCACUCGACAUGGAGACCACAACGCAUGCGGAUUUGUCUAUGGCAUCGGCGGAAUUGCGCACAGCUAAAUUAUCGAAAGUGGAGAGCCCGCGUGUGAGCUCAGAUGCAAACCACGGGGGCAAGGGAUCCGACGCCCGGAAAGCGGCAUCGCGGGAAAAAGAAGCCGAAGCGGAAAUGGCGCGAAUUGCUUUCCUCUUGGGUCAAUCGGAGGAACGCGUUCAAGCUCUCAGUGUAAUUAUGUUGCAUCUCUGCUCGGCACUUCAGCACGCCCAGAGUAUUGCUAGCCCGUGAUUUCCAUCGAUUUUUCGCAUUUUGCUUCUGUAGUGUAAAGCACUGCGCGCAAAACUUUUAUCUACAAUCUAACCAAUCUCUAUAUUUAGGGGAAAGUCAUGCACAUGUAACAUUUUAUUCGAAAAAGCAACAAAACUUGCACAAUUUUCAAAAAAAAAAAAUCUCUUGCAACUCUUUGCAUUUUACUUGCUCUAGUGGAGGUUCAUGUAUUUCUCAAAGUUAUAUCCCAAAAAUAUAUUUCAGAGAAAUAUGUUCGGUAUAUAAUAAAAGUAUAGAGAGAGAGGAAAAACAUAUAACUUCGUGCUACUUCGAAUAUAAAACUAAUUGUCAAUUCAGACUUUUUGGUGUUAAUUGAAAGAAAUAUCAAUUAAAAAAAAAAUAAAAUAAAAUUUCCAAAUAAA